GAUUAGUUACAAAUAUAAUAAUGUAUCUAUAAUGUCAUUUAUCGCACAAUCAAAACUGGUACAGAAAAAUAAAAGAAAACCACCACCGAGGCCUCCACCUCCUAAUUUUUCGAAAUAUAGAAGUGAGUCCACCUUCAGUUUUAACCAACAAUUUGAAGAUUUGAUUGAUUUGAGCCCACCACAGUCACCAAAGGUUGAGAGGAUACACAAUUUUGGGGGGAGUGUAUCAAGUUCAUUUAAUAGUAGUACCAGUAGUUUGGCUUCUAGCAAAAAGAGUUUCGAAUAUGAUAUUCCUCUCUCCAAUAACUUAUGGCCCAUCAGUACAAACUUUGAUUCUUCAAAACAAGUUGUUCAUAAUAAACAAAACAACUUUCCCACUAGAGUGGCUCCAAGACAGGCAAGUGACAAUGGAAAAGUUUUGGGAAAAGUAAGCAAUCCAAUUGUAGAUAUAGUAUCAACAUCAAAACUCAAUAAUCAAUCACAACAAAGUAUGCCUUCAUUAUUUGGACCUACCAUAAUAAGAGCCCAAACCCCCAAAAAUAGAAUGUCACAUGAAAAUAAUAUAAAUAGGGGCAUAGAGAGUGAUCCCCAAUCAUCAACUUUGCCAAUGCCUUCUGUACCUCCACCAAGCCCACCAAAAGAAGUACAACAUAUUAAUCUAUCCUAUGGAAUUGCCUUAUUUGAUUUCAAUGGAGUAGAACCAGCUGAUUUGUCAUUCCAAGCAGAGGAUGUGGUGAUACUUCUGAAGAGAAUAAAUAAUGAUUGGUACUAUGGAAGACUUCUUGACAAAGAAGGUAUCUUUCCAGCAAACUUCAUAGAUGUGAUAGUACCUUUGAAUCAAGAUGAUAAAACUGUAAUGGCUUUGUAUGAGUUCUCUCCACAAAUGCCUGGAGAUUUGGGUCUGAGAGCUGGUCAAAUGGUCAAGGUUAUUAGAAAAAUCAAUGUAGAUUGGCUAUAUGGGGAGAGUGAGGGUCAAUGUGGACAGUUCCCAAGUAAUUUUGUAGAUAGAAUUCCACAAGUAUGAUAUAUUUUAAUCACUCAUUGGAAUAAUCAUUGCAUUCCUGAUUUAUCAAUAAUUACUCAUUACAUUCAUGUCAAAGAAAUACACUAGUUUAACAUUCAGAACAUUAUUGACACCUUGAGACUACAGUAUAAAAUGCAGAAAGUUCAUAUAUUCAUAUUUAUAUUAAUUUCAAAAAAUUGUGAUAAGUUUCCAAAGUUGACUAAACUUGGAAAAAUAAUUUUCUCCAAAAAGAAAUAUCUUGAUAUAAAACAUAUUUACACUAUAUUAACCCUUAUUGAACUUCAAAUCCAUGUCAUUUUACUCUUUCAUCAAAUUUAUAUGGUGUAUGAAUGACAAUUUGAUAAAUUUAUUCAUAUUUGCAAAUAAUUGAAGAAUAUAUCAGGUCUAUUUUGAAAUGUUCAAAUCAAAGAUGUGUCCUAACAAUACCACUCAUUGCAUAAACCAAAAGAUAUAUUUUUUAUUGUAUUGACACCAAAUAAUAUAAUGAAAUAUAGAUAUUUUUAUUAAAAAAAGUUUCAGUAUCCAAUUCAUUUAUAGUUGGACCUCAUUGAGUUGUUUGCAUUCAUGUAACAGAUCCUUGAGUUAUGGGGUAACAACUGCUAGGGUGUGAAACCAUUUAUAUUGGGAAAUACAGCUGAAUCUAACUGAAUCAAUGCAAUGGAAACAUAAAACAAAACUUGAUAUCAACAUUUUAUUAUAAACUAGCAAUAACAGGAAGAAAUGGGAUAACAUUAAAAAGUGAAUUGCAACCAUAGAUAUACAUCUGAAAAUUAUUGAAAUAGUACAAUUUACAAAUUUCAAAGUAAUAAUAAACUUAUCAUACAACAUAUUGCCUACAGUCAUAUUCACUAAUUUCAUAACAAAUUAAUCAGUGAUCAAAUAUAAUACAAAAUUCCUCAAUAUUAAACCUACCUUAUGAAAAUAUUGAGCCAAAUUCAAUAAUAGAGGUGUUGGAUAACAAUUCAGAAUUCAAAAUUUGUAAUCAAUGUUAUAUGAAUAUUAUCACAUAGAUAUCAAAUAUUUACAGGCUACAUUUUUAUUCAUCACAUCUCCUGUCUUUUUUUUUUCUGAAGAAAUUAUAUUAUAUAUUCAGUUUUCAACCAGGUUUUUACUAUCUAUAAAAUUUCAAUAAAGACAGUUUUGUAAACAACAGAAUGCAAUGAUUGUAUAUAAUAUAUUCAGGAAUAUCAGUAGGUGCCUAUUUGUAAUGUUGAAAAUAUUAUUUUACAUAGAAUUGAGUUUUAAUAUGUUUAUUCAUGUUUACUCUUCACAAAUUUUCAAAACAAAUUUGGACAUAGAUGUGAAUAUCAAUUGAUGGAUGUUUACUCUUCUGUAAUUCAAAAUCAAUUAUUGAAAUAUCUCAGUAUAUAGUACCUCAUCAAAAUCAUCUGGAAUUGUAAAAUAUUAACAAACCAACAUAAACUGCCAACAAAACAUUUAGGUUGAAUUUUCACAUGUUAGUUGACCAAUUUGAUUCAUGAUUGAAUAACUAGGUGAAUUAAUAGUAAUAUUUACAAGAAUACUGAAUGAAAUGUUUGUUAGUCUGGUCUAUAAAUUGGUAUUUUUGGUAAAAACUCUAUCAGUAUGACAUAUUCCAUCAUUGAUGAAGAAUCACAAUGUUGCUUACUAAGCCUCCAAUGGAGUCCUAAUUUAUUGUAAAGAUAACUGUUUUCCCACUCUAAUAAUUUAUUCAAGGAAUGUUGAGUCUGCAAAAAAAACAAAAUGAUAUACAUCCCCAACAGUUUAUGUUAGUAUGGAAGAAGAAUGAAAGAAGUUGGAAACAGUGUAUUUGAAGCAAGUUAAUUUGUUUUGGUAGAUGAAUUUUUAUUUCAUGAAAUCAAAUCCUCCAGAAAUGUUUUCCAAUAUUAUGGAUCAACAGAAUGAUUUGAAAUUGAUACCUUACUACUGAGAUGCUUCUAGUAUAAGCAUCUCACUUACUACUAUAAAAUAUUAUUAAAAUCAUAGUACUUUAUUGAAUCAAUUAACUUAUUAGGAUUCAGAUAUUUCACAAUACAUGCAAAAUUUGGAAUUAAUUUUUACUCACCCUUUUGCUAAGGCAUAUAACAGGCCAUAAAGAACAUCCUAAUGUGCAGCAACAACAGAGACAUCCACAAAAUAACCAUUUCACAUUAACUGGGAGUGUUUUUUUAAGAAUUCCAUUUAUGCGCAUUACACUUUCUUUGAAUUCUUCUGGUGCCACCCUAGACACUAAGCCACUGGGGAAUUCUGUACUGAAUCUAUUACUUAAACCAAAUCUGGAAUGACAUAAGCAAUUUUAUUGUAUUUCUUCUGAAUUUCAACCCAUUACAUACACAGUCAUAUUUCCAGCACCACGUAUUAUAACAGGUUCAGGUACCAGAGAAAUAUCACCAGGGGAAUUCUCUUCAUUAUUUUCCAAUUCCUCUUCAUAAUAAAUUGCAUCAAACCCUUCCAUGUGUCUAAAGAUGUGAAAGCGAAUCGGUCAGUGGAAAUCUUCCUGCACUACUAUCAACCUUUAUAGCAGUGCAAUAUGGAAACAAGGCUUGUUAUUAGACU